GUGUGUGUGUGUUUGUGUGCAAUUGUGAUAUGUAUAACAGAUAAACUGCCCUUGCCCUGCCGAAAUGUCAACGUUAUCUCAGAAAUCUAGUCUUUUGUUAAGUCUCCUGUUGCGGCAUUUUCUUUGAGCCUCGACUAAUGACUCUGCCUGCGCACGUGUGUGUGUGUGUGUGUGUGUGUGUGUGUGUGUGUGUGUGGAUACCAAUAAAUGAGCAGAGAUCGUCUAUCUGCAGGAACUGGGCGCGGCCAGGCCAGAGCAGGACUCUCAGCUCCAAUUAGUCAACCUAAUAACUGUGUAAUUGACAAUGUCGCCCACGAGAUAAGCUUCUUCUUCUUCUUCUUCUUGCCUCUCAUAAACAAUGCAAUUGUCUAAUUAUAAACGAAGCCCAAAGAUUACACAGAUUAUGCCACAAAUUCAUGCUCGAUAUGUUGCAAUUGGCAUUGCUUUCGAUGAAUACCAGUGGAAAUUACCCGGCAUUGCACGGCCUCAAAUAAAUGAAUGCCCCAAAUGCAAUUGCUAAUGAAAUUAUUUGAAUUAUUUGCAACAACUUUAAGCCGAAUUUUCGUCUGAGCGAAACUACCCGGCAUUGUCCGGCCUAAAUGUUUAAUGUGUCGAAUGCAAUUGAUAAAGAAAUUUCUUGAUUUAUUUGCAUCGAAAGCCGCGCUUGUUGUCAACACGUGAGUUGGAACCCUAGUCUCACUGAAAUUACCCGGCAUUGCCCGACCUAAUAUGCUUAAUGUGCCAGUUGUUAAUCAAAUUCACGCGAAUUUGAUGCCCACUUUUUGCUUUUAAUUUUAUAAGUACAGAAAAGAGAUACAUAUUGUACAUAAUCUAGGUUAAAGAACCCCUUUUCCUAAUUUUCAAUAUCUUUCCUAUACGAAUCUUAACCGACUUCUCAAGGCUUUCCUCGCCGUUUUUCAACACUUAUUCUCAUUCCUCACUCAAAGUCCUUUGGCAAAACUUGUGCCUAUCUUUAGCCUUAAUAUGAUUCAUAUGCAAACAAUUCGUGGAAUCGGCCAGGGCCAGAACUGUGCUGGUGGCCCCUUUGGGCCAGACCCAGGUGCAGAUGCAGUGCAGCGAUAGAAACGCAGAAGUCAAUUUGGACUGUGGCCAGGUCUUUCAACCGAGUUGAGUUUUUUUUUUUGGUUUUCUGCAAUAUGAAGCGCCAAAGUAUUGGUCAAGUCUUGGGCCGCGGCUUUAGCCAGAAUCGGAUCGUUUAACCUUCUGCUUUGACUUGUUUUUUUUUUUUUUUUUUUUCUGUCUUUUUGCUGACUGGCGCCAGCUGAUCCCCCCUGGAGGUGACCCUGCGCUUGUCAUGAGUCAUUUUUGGUGUCGUUGUUUUUGGCUAAAAGUGUUUGGGCAAUUGGAUUCCAAUUCGCAACGUAUCAAUUUGCAAUUGAAUUUUCGCAGUUGUUCCCGCUUCUAUUUCGUGUCGCAUUCAGCACGUGCCCUUAACCCUUUGGGUGGCGGCAUGGAGCCCAACUCAGAACUGGGAGCUGAUGUGGAGGAGUCGCCGCCGGCUCAGGCCACGCAAAUCACCUCAAUCGAUGGUUUCUUCAAUCGCAAACGCGGCAGACCGCCAAAGAAUCGCUUCGUGGAAGUCUAUAAGAGCGCUCAGCUUUCGCCACAAGCCAUUUUCACCAGUUUCAAGCUGGAGAAAAAUGAUCAGGCCUGCGGCCUAACAGCAUCCACUUCCGAUGUCGCCGAGGAGCGCCUCGCAUCCCUGCGCCCUGUUGCCGGCGCCGGUGAACCGAGUGCCACCGAUCUCACACCUAGUCGCAGCAGCAGGAAGAGAGCACGCGCCUGGACUGUGGACCCGCACAGGAGUCUAGCGAGUGUGCGCAGCCCGAGUCCGGGCGUUGAAAAGACAACAAACUCCUUGUCGAGGGAUCUGCCCGCGAGUCGCUCCCCAGUUCAGCUAAUGUUCAGCGCGCCUGGCACACAGAUUCCCGCAUCCAGCAAGCGCCAGGAGCGAGUUUCCGUUGUGCGAGCAGCGGGCACCUUCUAUCCGGAGAACGCAAGCUCAGCCCAAACAGAUACCACGCCCUCCACGUACUGCCCGCCAGGCAGCGUAGACUGCAGCACGGAGCAGCCGGAAGAUCUGAGCAUGCGCGCCAGCCAAACGACGGCGGCAAGUGAGGCACGCGCGGAGCCGGAGUCGGGUCUAAAGCUGCAAAUGCAGUUUAAGCAGCUGCUGGAUUUAUACCAGCGCCAGGUGCUGCUGCCCAGUUUUCUGGCCGCGGCCAGCCAGCCAGCCGGGCUGGACAUGCGUCUGCUGCUGGAGAAUGCCGCACAGCAGAAGAUGCUGCUGAUCAAUGCGGCCGCAGCGGGCGCUGUCGCUGCUGCAGCAGCAGCUGCCGCUGCGGCGGCGGCAACAGCCGGAGCGCCAGGCACAAGCACAGCGGAGGAGUCUGCGCCCGCGCCCGCGACCGCGCCUAAUCCAACUCCGACGGCUGGACGGCAAGCGGCUGGCAAGCGGGCGCGGGAACAGGACAUACCCACGGGCUACCUCAAGUUCCGUUUCAACGAGGACUGCGGCUUCGAGCGCUGCGGCUAUCGGAAUCAUCAGUCGCAUUUCCACUGCAAUCGGCGGGAUUGCCACUACAGUUUCUGCGACAAGACGCGCUUCGUGCAGCAUACGGCGCGCCACGAGCGCAUGGACACCCUCAUGGGCGAUGACUUUCGCCAAUAUCGCGCCAACAUGCGCUGCGGUGUGCCUGAUUGUACUUAUGCCACGCCCACCAGCACACCGGCCACACCCACGCCGACAACGACGACAGAGGAGAGUCCCGCUCCAAAGAAAUCGUCGCAUUUCCAUUGCCGUAAAUGCGAUUACGUGUGCACCGACUCCAACAAGGUGGUGGCCCAUCGUCGCCUGCAUCUGCGGCUGGAGUACGUGCGUUCGGCUGGCUUCCGCAAGUACGCCAGCAACGAGUCCUGCGAGUCGACCGCCUGCAGCUAUGCGCUGCGGCACACCCACUACCAUUGCACCACCUGUGACUGCAGCGUGCUCUCCCGCGCCCAGCUGGGCUCGCACAGGCAUCGGAUCAACCAGCCGCCAGCCGCCAGCCAAGCCGGCUCUGGACUGCAUCUGGAUCUGGAGACGUAGUCUAGAGCUACGUGCUAAACAGCAAUAGAAGCCAUAUAAAUCCAAAUGCAAUGUGUAAAUUAGAUGAAAUUAAAUGUAGCUAAGUGCCAAUUCAUA